AUAUAAACCACACCAAUAUACACUUGUGUUUUGUGCUCUCUCUCUCUCUUACGCUCAAAUCUCUCUCUCUCUCUCUCUCUCUCUCUCUCUCUAGAUUUAGUUUUUUUUUUUUUUUUUUGUUGGGUUGUUGGGUUGUUGGGAUAUCAUCAUUGUGAAAAAUUUAGGGAGAGAGAUCAGAUUUGUGUGGGUAAAAAAAUGGGAAGAAAGUGCUCACAUUGUGGAAACAUAGGUCACAAUUCAAGAACUUGCACCAACUUCAUACCUUCAACGCCCAAUUUGGUUGGUAGCAAUGGUAUCAUUAGGCUCUUUGGUGUUCAUCUUGAUGCUUCUUCAUCAUCUUCUUCUUCUUCUUUUCCCAUUAAGAAGAGUUUCAGCACUGAUUGCUUACCUUCUUCCUCUCCUUCUCCUUCGUCUUCCUCUUCCUUCUCCUCCUCGACUCGAGUUCAUCUCGAUCAUAAUUCUCUCGAAGAAACUCGAUCUUCCAAUGGCUAUCUCUCCGACGGCCUUCUCACAAGAGAGCAAGAGAGGAAAAAAGGGGUUCCAUGGACAGAAGAGGAGCAUAGAAUAUUUCUAAUUGGACUCGAAAAGCUUGGGAGAGGAGAUUGGAGAGGGAUUUCAAGAAACUAUGUGACCUCAAGAACACCAACCCAAGUAGCAAGCCAUGCUCAAAAAUAUUUUCUUAGACAGUCCACUGCCAACAAGAAGAACAGGCGCUCAAGCCUCUUUGACACGGUUGGGGCAGCAAAUGAUUCAACAACAACAAAUUCUAAGAACAUUGAGGUGAGUUUGAAGAAUCCUACAAGAAGUUCUUGCAUGGAAGUGAUGAAGAACAAUGAAGAACAGCAAUUAUUGGGAGCUUCUUCUUCUUCUCCUUCUUCGGUUUGGGUUUAUGAUGAUCUUGAGCUGACUUUGGGAGCUCCAAGGGCUCCAAAUUUGGAAUUGGAACAACCCAAAAAGGCACCACCACCUGGUUCCCUACUUGUUGGCCCAAUUAGUGUUACCUAAUCAUUAUUAUUAUUAUUAUUAUUAGUUAAAACUUCCCCAAAUCAUCAUCAAAUUCAAUAUAUUUCCCCCUUGAUCUUUUUGCUUUGGAAGAAAUAAACAAGACAUGUUAUUGAUGAUGAUUAUAGUUUUUAAUUUGAUUGACUCUAUUAGUUAAUUAAUUAUGUUAUCUUAAAUCAAUGCAUUGGGUUCCCCAC